AUGGACUUUAAGGGGCCUGAACCCUGGGCCCCUGCCUCCCUGCUGAGCCCACAGUUGAAGGCUGAGGAAAAGACUCUGGACCUAGAGUUCGAGGUCUUGAGCUUGGGCUUUAAUGAGGAGGGCAGAUACACCUUGCGUCUGUCGGCUGAGAACCCGCUGCAGGCAGGCUCCGGGGCUGGCGUGCAGUUGCAAGUGAAUGAUGAGGAACCCCUUCCUGUCUGCUCUGCUGUUACCGAUGUCAUUGAGCAGCAGGAUCCUGGCCAGAGCCUCACCCUCAGCAGGAACAAGUUUGUCUUUACUUUGCCCAAAGGAUUCUGCAAGAAUGACAGUCAGCACGAUGCACGCCUGCGCGUGGAGGCGCUGAGGCUGGGCGGGGCCUCGGGAUACCCCCAGCGGGUGGGCGAGGCCUUCUUCCCCAUCUACCCACGCCCAGAUGAGCCACGCAUGAACUUGGGGGCGCGGGAACAUGAGGACCUGUACCGCUACAGCGGCCACCUGGCUCUCCUCCGGGCCAGCACUGACCCCACUGCGCGCCACUGUGGGCAUCUCGCCUACAGAGUGGCCUUCCAUGAGCACCGAGCCCCUCGGGCCCCGGGCUCCAGCAGCCCUCCUGAAGCCCGCAGGUCAGAACCUCGCUCACCAGAGGACCCCACAGUAACGUGUGCUUCACAGAGCGUAGACCUUAACACUGAACACCUGUCUCCCUCUAGUAAGGAGACCAUCAUGCUCACUCUCCAUGGGGCCACCAACCUCCCUGCCUGCAAAGAUGGCUCAGAGCCUUGGCCCUACGUGAUAGUGAAAACCACAUCUGAGGAAGCAAAGAACCUAAACUCCAAGGCGGUGACAUCUGUGACCUCAGAGCCCACCCAAGCCCCCAUGUGGGGGGAUACGGUGAAAGUGGAGAUCCAAGCUGAGGAUGCAGGGCAAGAAGAUGUGGUCCUCAAGGUGAUGGAUAACAAAAAGAAAGAGGAGCUAUUGUCCUACCAAAUCCCCAUCAAGUACCUACGUGUCUUCCACCCCUACCACUUUGAACUGGUGAAGCCCGCCCAGUCUGGAAAAGCCAAAGGAGCCACUGCCCAGACCCAACUGUAUGCGACCGUCGUUCGAAAAGGCAGCUUCAUCCCCCGAUACAUUGACUGCAAACACACUGCGCUGGAGGUCUUCCUCCAGGGAAUCAACGAGCCUCUGGUCAACAAUUCCAACCCCAUGGUGGUCGUUGCCCGCGUGGUCCCCAACUACAAGGAUUUCAAGGUCAGGCAGUUAAAGCAGGACCCGACCUCCUUGGGGCUGCCCAUCACACCCGUCUCCUUCCCUCUCUCAUCUGCGAUGACCUUUGAUGUGCCCCGGGUCAGCAGGACCGGGUACCCUCAGUUAUCCAAGCCAGGGGGGCCCCCAGAGCUACCCCUGUGGAAUCAAUCCUUCCUCUUCCAAGGCCGAGAUGGAGCCACAAACUUCUCAGAAGACACAGCCUUGGUGCUGGAGUACCACUCUGCCCCUUCAAUGAAAGGCAGUGAGCCUUGGGCCCUCCGCAAGCCCCUGGGCCUCUCCGUGUUGCCACUAAAGAGCCGCCUAUACCGCAAGAUGAUGGCCGGGGAAGGCCUGAAGGGGCUGCACGUGGAGCGACUCCCCAUCACCGACACCAAGCUGAAAACCAUAAAUGGCGAGGCCCCCACAGUGGAUCUCUCCUUCCAGCUGCUGUCCUCUGAGAGGCCAGAGAACUUCUUAACACCAGACAAUAGCAAGGCUCUGCCCAUCCUGGACCCCAAGAUCUUAGAUGAGAAGCUGGGUAGCAUCCGUGAGUCCUGGUCUAAGAACACAGCAAACUCCACAAUCUCUCAGGAGACGGAAGACGAUACUCAGGCACCAGAGAAGUCCCGUGAAACCGAGCUGAACAACUAUCGGCGGGCCAUGCAGAAGAUGGCAGAGGACAUGCUGUCACUGCGGAGACAGGUUGGCACCCUGGAGGCCGAGAACCGCAUGCUACGGAGACACCUGGACCAGGAGAGGUUGGAGGAGGAGGACGACGACAUCGACGAGUUCCAAAACCUGGUGUCCAUGAAUCAAAAACUGCUAAUGAACAAGCUGGACAUGAAGAAACUGAGGGACAAGGUGCAAUAUUUGCAGAACGAGCUGAUUCGAAAGAAUGAUCGGGAGAAGGAGCUGCUGCUCCUGUACCAGGCUCAGCAGCCACAGAACACUCUGCGGACGAGACACCAGGACAAGCUGCAGAAGAUGAAGGCUCUGGAGGAGACUGUGAGGCACCAGGAGAAGGUGAUCGAGAAGAUGGAGCGGGUUCUGGAGGACAAGCUUCGGGAGAAGAAUGAGCCCCUGCUGAAUAGGCUGCAGGGAAUGCCAUUCACAGACUUCCCCAAGCCCACCGCCUCCGGCCUCCCCCCAGGGACUGCAGGAGAGAAUCUGCCUGCUGACCUUUGCUCCGCACUGCUAGCAGAGAACACCAGGCUUCGGGCAGAGCUGGAUAAGAGCCGGCAACUGGGGGCCCCCAUCAUUCUGCAACAGCAGGCCCUGCCGGAUCUUCUUGCUACUUCUUCAGAGAAGUUUAACCUCUUGGCCAAACUGGAACUAGCCCAGAGCCGAAUACUCUCCCUGGAAAGCCAGCUAGAGGACUCCGCCCGACGCUGGGGACGAGAGAAGCAGGAGCUGGCCAUCCGGCUGCAGGAGAAAGAAAUGGGCUUGGAGCGCCCCAGAAACCCUGGCGUCACAGACCUGCCCAACCCCUCAACCCACCCCAAGGACCAGACAAAAGACUCGAAGUUGGAUCCCAUGAUGACAAACUCAGAAACUAAGCUUGACAAGCCCUCGAACCCCCAGGCAACAUGA